AUGGAGGACUCCAUGGACGUGGACUCUUCUGAUGACGAGGUGCCGGAUAAGGACGAGGAGGAGCUGGAGCUGGAGAAGGCCGUCUUUGGAGAUCUAGAGGGCUUUGAGAUGGGUAUCAAGAACAUUGCGCUUGAAGAGGCAGAGGAGGAGGAUUCCGACGAUUCCCAUGAUUCGGAUGACGAGAAUGAUUUUAACAAGAUGGAGGACAACCAGUUGUUCUUUGUUGAUGGAGGAGACGGGCAAAAGUACCACUCUGAUGACGACUCUGACGACGAUUCCGACUCGUCCAUGGACUCAGAUACCCUCGAUGAGACUCUAGAAGAGCACGGAGGACGUGCCGCAUGGGCCGACUCGGACGACGAGAACGUGCACAUUUCGCUGGUGGGAGAUCACGAUGGUAUGCUCAAGAAGCUGCGAAAGACGCAGACCCAGGACUACGUUAACGGCAAGGUGUUUUCGCGACGGCUGAGAGAACAGUAUAGAAAGAUCUACCGGGUCCCCGACUGGGCUGCUAAUGCAUUCAAGGCCAAGGCCAAGAAGGACUACGAUGAGGACGACUCUGAGGGGUCCGAUGAGGAGGAGCAGGACGUGCUUACAGGCACUUCUCUGAGCGAGGUGCUUCAGCGAGUCACCCAGUACUCCAACAAGGAGUCCAAACUGCUUCGACACGGCGAAAUAGAGGUUGCUCGACUUCAGGACGUUAACUUUGCUGCUCCUUCUCGAGCUGCCGUGGAGGGUCUCGCUUUCCACCCCACACAUUCUCUGCUUCUGACUGGAGGUUUCGACAAGACUCUGCGACUAUACCAGGUGGAUGGCAAGAACAACCCUGUUGUCACCACGCUCUUCAUGAGACAUACUCCCUUUGCUCACGUGGCCUUCCACCCCGACGGCCAGAGAGUGUAUGCUGGUGGCCGAAAGCAGAAGCAUCUGUACAUCUGGAAUGCUGAGAGUGGAAAGGUGGAGCGAAUGGCACAUCUGUACGGCCAUGGUGACAAGGUGCGAUGUUUUGCGCAGUUCAAGCUCUCACCAGACGGAAAGUACCUUUGUGUAGUUGGAGUGGACGGCUGGCUGGCCAUUCUGUCGGCUACCUCUGGACAGUGGAUCGACGGCUGUAAGAUUGAGGGCGACGUUGCCGACUUUGUGUGGGACGGUGGCUCCAUUAUUGCUGUCAACACCGCUGGACAGGUGUGGGAAUACAACGUGGAAAGCCGUUCUUUCACAGCUACUUGGACCGACGAGGGAGGAGUUGGCAUCACGGUGCUGGCUAUCGGCGGCAAGGCUAACCAGUGGCUGGCUAUCGGCUCCGAGUCCGGCUACGUCAACGUCUACAACCGACCCAAACUUGCAUUGGAGAUUGCUAAGGGCCAAAGCCCCUUUGUGCCCCAGAAACCCACUGCGGUUCUCUCUAACCUAACCACCCCCGUUUCGUCGCUAGUCUUCUCUCCCGACGGACAGAUGCUUGCCAUGGCCUCCGACCAGAAGCGAGACUCUCUCAAGCUGGUCCAUGUUCCUUCGUUCACCGUGUUCAAGAACUGGCCCACUCAACAUACUUCUGUGGGAGUUGUCACCAGCGUGGCCUUCUCCCCCAGCUGCGAGUACCUGACUGUAGGUGCCACCAACGGCAGAGUCCGAAUGUUCCAGCUCGCCCACUACAAGCUUUAA